AUGGAGGGUAAUUAUCGAAGUCUCCUUUUCGAAGCUGAGUGUGAUGGGUUCUCAGCAUUGAGACUUAAGCACAUAAUAUCAUUUGAAUUAAAAUCAUUUGUUACAAUAUUCAUAUUAUUUGCAUUGCCAUUAGAAUCAUUUUACGAUAUAGUCUCAACAAAAAUAAAAUAUGUGGAAGGAUUAUAUUUAUUUCCGGGUGCAGACGAAGUGAUGAGGGCAAAACCAAGAUGGUUAUGGUCAGAAGAACACCAAUUGUGGGUCUUACCAAGUUAUUACAUAUUAAUGGUUGGAAUCGGCUUUCAAAUGAUAAUUUUGUAUUUAUUACAAUGUUUUUGGAAUUAUUUAGUUAAUUCAAUCGCGCAAACGCCAUUCAUGUCGAGAGAGGAAUUCUCAUUUCACAUCGUGUGGGGGGUGAUUUGCGUUGGGUCGUUUCCCGUACUACCAUACGUAUUUAAGAAUAAUGACGUCUUGUUAGAGACGAUACCGCAAGUCGUAUAUGCAGCGCAACUAUUUAUUUUAACAUUGCUUGGAGUGCGUACGCAUCAAAAGUUUCGUAGAUUAAUUGAGACCAUUUCAACGUAUAAGAAUUCAUCAAACAUUAUCGCAAAGAUAAGAUAUUUUAUUGACAUGAACAAAUUGUUAACCUCGGCACUGGCCAUCAUGAGCGCAGCAUUUUGCAUAUUAGGCAUUGACAAGUUCACGACGGCUAAAGUUAUUAAUAAUUCCAAACUCGCAAGUGACUUGUUGAUUGCGCACGUCAAUUUCGCAUCCGUGGUUGAAUGGAUCGUGUUGAUACUUAUAUUUUAUCCAAGGAAGGGAUUUGUUGGUACAGAUGCCGGUGGAACCUCAUUUAAUACCAAUACGAAUAUGGGAUUAAGUAGUGUAAAUACAUCACAAGUCACCACCGCUACAAAAUUUAGUACUUUGACGUCCGGUACUGCUGGAAUCGGUGUUAAUAUGAAUGCAAUUCGGCAUAGUCAAACCAACAGCGUGAGCAGUAGUCAUAAUUUCGGUUACGAAGACAAGCAGCCGCGUCAAUAUCAACUGACAUCGACACCGACACCGCCAACAUCACCACCACGGACACCAACGCCAACACCGCCAACACCACUAUUACCGAAUAAUAACAGACAAAUUUAUAAUAAACCUCCUACCUUUAAUAAUGAGCCGUCACAGCCUCCGACAUUACAAAAACAAUCAUCAUUAAAACGACUUAAAAAGAAAUCCUUGUCAAAAAAAUCUAUAUCAUCGGUUCCAUCAAAUAAUAAUAGCGCCACCGAUCUUGAUAAUUAUUCGGAUAAUAAUAUGGAGGAAAUUAUUAAAGCGCCGGUUCCCUUACUUAAACGUAAUAUAUCAAUAAGUAAAGAUGGUAAAAUGUUAUACGGUGAGACCAAACCUUUAGGUAGGGUGAAGGGAGCCGAGUUUGUCGCCGUGGAAAAAGCGGAUCCUAGCAUUAUGCCUAGUUAUUAUUUUAUGGGAGAAUUUACGGAUAGGGAUGGUAAUGUACAUAAAGUACCUCCCUCGCUUAACGGUAUAGAUCGAGGUGGUGUAGGAGGAAGAAAUAGUG